GCGUGAUGCGUCAGCUGUAGUGAAAGUGGAACAGCUGAUACUAACAGACAAACCAGAGAAAACAAGAGGAGAAAAUACAGUUUGAAUCAAACUACAUCUUUACAAGCAUGAAGGCCCGAUCUUCUUCCCCAGUUCAUGUACAUGUAAAUGAAAUCACUCCUGUUUACGUGCAUGUGCAAAGAAGCAAGUCUCUUCCUGCUUCAAUUGAGAAGUCCCAUGUUGUCAUAUCAGCAUCUGCAACAGACCCAGGAAGUAUGAGUACAAAGAAGGAGGGGAAAAAAAGAACGGUUCACAAGAAGGACAGGACGCCUCAGCAAAGUCACAAGGAGAGGACUCCACAGGAAUCAACUAUAACUUCCAGACAAGCAGAAAAAAUCUGUUCAGUGAUCCAUUCGAGUGACUUUGACUUUAAGAAGGAUGCUCUUGAUAGACAUGGUUAUGGCCUCAGAGUUGAAAUGGAAGGUCCUGGACAUGAGUUUUUAGAGAACAGGAGAAAGGAUUUUUUAGAAGAGGUGUCAGAGGAACUGAUUUCUACAAGAACAGAGGACGUGGAACUUGCAGCAGACCUAACUGGAUACUCAACUGGGCUUGAAAACCGAACCCAAGGGAGCAUCAGAUUGCACAACAGCCCUUCUACGCUACUCGGAGAUCUACAAAUGAAUAGGUUGGGCAAAGAUGUUCAUGCUGAGGACAAGAAGUCUUUGUUGAAAACGCUCAUUGAAGCAGAAAUGGCAGCCAACUCUGCAGAAAUACAGCUAGUUUCAUUUAAGGAUUCGGUUGCUGAAUAUUCAGAUGAUGGAAGACUUGCCAAUCAAGAUGUGAUGAGGAUGUCCAGACAGAGAAAUCUUUUGCUGGAGAAGCUGGAUAACUUUAAAGUCAUCAAUAAAACACUCCGUCACCUACUGAAAGAUCUGCAGGGUGAAGAAGCAGGUCGUCUUCAAGCUGACAAACACGUUGAAGUUUUACUGAAGAAGCUGACUGAGGCUGAAUCUGAGAACAUGCAUCUAAGAAGAAGAAUUGAUGAAAAAGAGAGAAUUAUUGAGGAACUUAGAGAUAUGCGUCAAAAGGACAGGGACAACACUGAUACAGUCGUCCAGCUGUCCAAGUCGGUGGAGGCAACUCGGGCUCACUUGCAAGGGCAGCUACGUAACAAAGAGUCUGAGAAUAACAGGAUGACUGUACAAUUACGGGGUCUUGAGCAAACAGUAACUGAACGAAAACUUGAGAUUGAACAUCUGAAAAGCCAGAUGUCACAUGUAAAAGAGAAGGCUGAUCAAGAGAAAGAAGCUCUUAAAAAAGCUGCAAGAGCUCAGAAGCAAAGAGCCUUACGAUUUGAGAGAGCAGUUGAGAAACUUCAGGAUCAGCUUAACGAUAAGGAUAUGAAGCUGACUGAAGCAUGCUCAGCUGCAAACACAUGGAGAAGUCAUCAGGAACAGAGUACUGAGGAAAAAGCUCAACUGGAAGCCAAGGUCACAACUCUACAACAUCAGAUUACUGACUUGAUUGAACAGCUGCAGAAAGCCAGAGAUUGUGCCAGAAUUUCAAAUGAAGACAUAUUGCAGAAAAUAGAAGCUGUCAACUCUGAGAGUGCCAAUCUUAACCUCGAAAAUGCUAGACUUAAGGCUUCUAUAGCUGCUUUGGAAGAACAAGCCACUCGCACUGAGGCAGAACUCAAAGAACAAAAAGAAAACGCUGAUCAACACAAAGACUUUGCUGAGCAGUAUAAAACUAAGGUAAAAGAUUUACAGAAGGAGGCCGAGGAACUGAAAACUAGGUUUGAACAUGUUUUAAAAGAAAAUGAACUUUCAAAAGACAGCAAGGAAACGGAAGUUUCAAAAGUGAAAAGGCAUCUGGAGGCUCGUGUGAAGGAGCUAGAAACUUUCCCUGAUUUACUGAAGGCAGCUGAGCAAAGGCUGCAGGACUGUCAGGAAAACCUCCUGAGCUGCGAGCGAAGAUACUCACACAAGUCACAUGUUGUUAGUCAGCUGCAGGUCAAGGUGCAUAUUGAUGAGUUACAGAAAAUAAAGGACCACCUUCCCCUGGUGAAGGGCCAUUACAGUUCUAACCACCUGGUGGUAGUCUCGUCUUGCUUAUGCUCUUCCCUCUUAUGCGCCAUCUCCACUUAAAGUAGUUCAAGUCUUAUAUGACAGAGUGUAUUUUUGCAUGGUGUACAUCACAGAGCACGUAGUACUGUGCUUGGUUGCUUUUGUUUUGUGUUCUUUAGCAUAGUGGAUGGAAUAUAUAAGUUUAGAUAAUACCUUUGUUAUUGACUUUAUGCUUUGGGGACUAUACCCUUGUUGAACUAUAUAAAAGUACAAGCUUGACAGAACUGAAGAUUGAAGUCCUUCCCUUAUGCAUGUGGAAACCAUAGCACCUUUGAGUCUUGUGUACAUAGAUAGAUUGCCAUAGCUAUUCUGUGAGGAGGUGUAUAUUUAAUAUCCAUGUCAAUCCAAUUAGUUUAUUUUGUAAGUUACUGUGUUUUAAAUGUGCCAGCAUUUAAUUUAGCUUUGUGUCUGCCAGGAGCUAGGCAAAAACCACAAGAACAUCUCAGAAGCACAAGCACAAUUACUUCUGAUCACUUCUUAUCUAUAGUUUAGAGUAAAGGGGUGCGGGGAACAUUUACCUAGAUACUUUUGGGGAUAAUUAAUAAUGUUAAGAGUGUGUUGUGAAGGUACAAAAUGGUUGCUCAUUUAAUUCAGCUGUGAAGUCCUUUGAGCAUGGUGUGCUUAACACUUUGUAAAAGCAAAUUCUACUUUGAAAAACUAAAAAAAAAAAAAAAAAUCCUAGAUGUUAAAAGCUUGAUUGCCAGCUGAGGCAUCUUGGUCAUCUGCAGUUCUGCAGUACCUUUUCAUUUUCUUGCAUAGAAAAUCUACUAUUUUCAUGAGAUGAAGUCCUGUGUGUUUGUAGGUGGAAAAUCAAACCAAACUGCUAGAAUCAUCCAGAGAAAAAAAUGGUUUACUGCACAAGGAAAAUCUUGAGUUACAGCUCAAAUUGGA